GAUAUCAUCUGUGCAGUGCCACUGCAGUCUGUGGGUUAACGGUGACGAUAUAAGGACGUAUCGUUCGUUAUUUUACUGUUAAAACUUAAAUUUAAACUGACUGAAUUUUUGAAAUUUUCAGUUACUUAACGUUUUUUCAUUUGUUGAAGAUAAAUUUUCUUGCCCAUGAUAUUUGAUGCCUUAUGCCUAUAUAUUUGUUCCUGAAUAACCGAGUUGCUUAUAGAAAUGGGUUCUUCUGAAUCUUUUUCCUCAGAAGUGUUCAAAUUGCCUGAUUGUUGGAAAGAUGAUGUUCGCAUGACAGCUCUUUUUGCAUUACCCAGAAAUGAAUCUCUCAAUCCACAUGAUUGGGUUGGGAAGUAUAAGUUUUGGAAAGAGCUCAUCCUGGAGUGGGCCACAUUUAAUCAUAAAAUAAUGUUUGAUGUUGAAGAUUUAAAGAAAGUGUUCUGUCGGAAUGGAAAAUAUCCAGCCUCACUAAAUAGGGUUCUGGAUGAAAUGAAGAAAAAUGGUGAUGUUGCUGCUAAGGAUCAAUAUUGCUAUCAAGCAGACCAGUCUUCAUCAUCAUGGGCAAAAUGGGGUGUUAGUCUUGUUACAUCAUCUGUUGCAUGGUCUUGGAAAAAAGUGAUGAAUUCCCUUCCAGAUACUACUGAAACUCUUCAAACUUUUGUAGUUCCAAGUGUAUUGAAGGAGAGGUGUGAACAGAUUCUUCAACUGCCAAUAGCUUCCACAGAAGAAAUAAUGGAAUUAGAAGAACUGACAGAUGAGCACUCUGAAAUAUUCAAUGAUGAUGAAGAGACCCAGCUGAUCUUGAACCACCUCCAGCAGAUUGGAAAGGUGGCUAUUGAGUCAUCCUCGGAUCAAACAAUGAUCAAAUUUAUCGUGCCAACGGUAAAGGCCAAGCAGUCACAACUAAAUAAUUCUGGAUGGAGCAUCUCUCCUGCAAAACAAAAAGAAAAGGCUAUUGAAAUCACUGAAGUCGAUCGCAGUUUGGCCACCCUUAAACGAACUGAAAAAUUGCUCAAUGACGAAAUUGAUAAUAUGGAAAGUGAAAUGAAGUCACUGGAACAGACGGCGCGUACACGACUGAAAGAAGGUUCUCGUGGAGCUGCCAAAGCUGCUUUGUAUCGACGCAAACAAUUGCAGGCUGUCUAUGACAAGCGAAAUCAAGCCUUAUCUAAUAUCCAGACUAUGAAACUUCAGCUGGCUCAAGCUAAAACAGAUUCAAAGGUUAUGGAAGCCUACAAAAUCGGCCUUUCUGCAUUGAAGAAUUCAUUUGGCGAUCCCUCGAUGAACGAGGAAAAGAUUCAAGACACUCUAUUCGAACUGGAGACCGUGUUGGAGCAACAACGUGAUAUUGAGAAUAUCAUGUCACAGAGUAUAGUCCAAGAAGAAGGUGAAUCCGACCUGGAAGAAGAACUGAAAAAUAUCUUGGCCGAAAGUGAAGAAGCACAGGCUGAACAAGAAGAAGAACAGGAACUCGUCUUACCUGCCGUCCCCACAGAAAGUCCAACUAAAAAAGAAGAACUCUCUGCGCGACUUGAACGACUCCGCUCCCCUUAAUUCUUGAAGUUGAAAUUUUCUGUAUAUGUUUUUUUUUUUAAUACCGAUUUUUCUCAAUACAUGGGUUUGAUAUA